AUGACCGAACUGACGCCAACACUUCCCAGCAACGAUUCCAGCCCCUUCAAACUGGCCCCGGCAGAGAAGGCAGCUCGCGUCACCAUUGGGAUGCUGGUGUUCGUCGAGAACGGGGUCAGCCUGUACGCCCUGCGACACGCCCCGUCCGUGCAGACCUCGCUCCGAUACUCCCUGACGAGUCUCUCCAUCGCCAACGUCCUGUGUGGCCUGGUGUUCACCUACCAUUCCAUCGUCAUCGACAUCAGCCAGUUCGGCGAGGUCUCCUUCGAGUGCUGGAUGCGCCACAUCGUCCUCACCUCCCUCACCAUCACGACACUCGCCACGGUGGCCACCUUGAUCCUCGAUCGAACCUUCGCCCUGUUCCACCCUUUCGGUUACAGGCGUUUCGCCAGCAGGGCGUUCUUCGUCUGCACCCACGUGCUGGAGUGGCUUCUGUCUGUGCUCGUCACCACCACAGCCUACGCGGCCGGAAACGACCAGAACGUCUGCCAUUUUUCCAAAAUGGCGUCGAUGGCGACGUACACCAUUCUGUCGAUAGUCAGAUGUUCGUUGGUCGUGAUCAUCGUCACCAGUCAGGUGAUCAUGUUCUGUCUGGCGAAAAGACACAUCACGAAGAUAGUCCCCAACUUAGUUGGGUCGUCCCAGUUGAAAACCGCAGUGCGAAUGAAUAUAAAAGCCAUCAUGACUACUUCGGCCAUUGUGCUACCGUUUGUGGUAUGCGUCACUCCUUUAUAUCUAGGUUAUUUUGUGGCAACCCUCAAACCAGACAUGACAAAAGAUUACAAAUGGAAGAUAUAUCUGUCCUUUGCUAUAUCUAUUUUGAUGGUCAACGGAGCAAUAAACCCUGCAAUAUAUUGUUGGCGCCUGCCUGAAGUCCGACGUGUUCUAAAAAGAUUGUGUUGCAACAGCCCCGAUGACACCACUGCGAACUUAGCACAGACUGUACAAUCCACUAUACAGCCGUCACUAACCACAGUGAGCAAUGGGCACACUACAGGUCAAGGUCAUUGUCUGGUUCACAACUGA